CAAGCACCAGGGUCACAGACGCGUAAUAUUUCCAUUGCGUUCAGUGUGGUAGACGUUGUGUUCAAGCGGGAAACAGUGAUAUCGCUCAAAUCGACUUGAAAGCAUUGUUCGGAUCAAAUAUAAACUAAGAGGCAACUUUUCGUUUACCAAGGAUCAGAAUGGGACAGCACAUCUUUCUACGAAUUUCCAUCGGUAUUUUGUUCUCAGGCAUUCUCAAUGCUGGAUCUAAUGUCGCUACUGCUUGCCCCAGUCCUCCCAUAACAUAUGCUUCAGAGGAUGAUGACAUCACUCUGUGCUGGAAGCUUUUACCGGAAGCAGCUAACAGUGCCUAUCUUCGCCGCAUUACUGUGUCCGCCUUGAAAAGGCCAAAUGAAAUAGACAUGGAGAAAAUCGCAUCGACAAAUAAGACUGGACAAUUUUUCAGGGUAUACGAUUCAAAUCACAAUGGUUUGUACAAAGACAAAGCCACUGUAUUCGCCGAUGUAUCUACCGGAAUGUUUUAUCUCAAGAUAACAGACUACAGUAGCGAUAUGGAUAAUGUGUACUGUCCAUUUUACGAGAUGACUGUCAUCAAUAACAUUCCAACGUGUCAUACUCAAGCGUUGUUCCUGCGAAAUGCCGCUCUGAAAACUACUGAGAUCUCCAGACCAGUGGAAGGACGAACGUCAUUAAGCGUCAAGUAUACACCUUCUGGUUUGAUGAGGACCUGUUUGAUUGCAAUCGCUGCCACUAUUGCCGCUGUUUUGUAACCUAAAAAAACAAAAAGAUUUAAAAAGGAUUCGUUUAGAACAUACCACGUUACCUCUUUGCUUUACCUUUUUCAUUUAUGCAUAGAUCAGUAUCUUUAUUUACACGAUAACUUGGUUCCUCUCCAUGACAUAUAAACUCUGAGGUCCAGUGCCAAACAUUGUCGUAACAUAGCAGACAUCUAAAAGAGCAGAAAAGCGGAAAAACUAGGAAAAGAAGCUAUCUGAGACAUCGCACUGGCCAGCACUUGCUGCAAAUAUAAAUAAAACUGCAUGUUAUUAAAGAGCAUUGUUGCCUCAUCUAAGAGCAUAGAUGCUACAAUGCACAACAACCAGAAAUUCAGCGCUUAAUUUUAAUAAAUUUACAUUUCAUCGUG